CUACAUGCCACCUUUCAAUGGGCACUGUGAUAUUCCAGAGCAACAAAUGGAGGUUGGUGUGAUCACAGUUGCUGAGAAGAGAUGCGGCCACAAUAAGGCAGCCCAGCGGGAGGUUCAGAGAUCCAGCCAAGAUGAAGACGUGAAGAACGUCAGGUUAAUCCCACCAGCCGACAGCAAGGGAAACGGGAAGAGAUCUUCUUCAGGUUCCAUGAGCUUGGAAGACGAUCUCUCGCAAGCCGAGUCGGGUACCACUCAGCCCCCUUUGAAGAGGCUGUCGAGGGGUCCGAGAGCAGCUGUAAGAAACAGUGCUGAAUGA